CCCCUCUUGUCGGUUCAUGAGUCAUCAUAAUCAUAAUUCAUAACUAAUUUCCAUUUCCAUCUGCUACGUUCAGUUUCAGUUGAGAUCUCAUCUCCAAUCUCCAAUCUCCAUUGCCAUGCCACAUUCCACGAUUUGACGUUGAAUGCUUCGUUAGACUCAUAGCUUAAUUUCCCCAAACAUCUACUCUGCGCAAAUGGAGAUCCCUUUGAUCUGCUGGGUUUGCAUUUCCCUCAUUGUCUUUGUUCAAUUUAGCAAUGCUUUUUAUCUUCCUGGAAGUUACAUGCACACUUACUCAAAUGGAGAUCCCAUAUAUGCCAAGGUUAAUUCCUUGACUUCCAUUGAAACUGAGCUUCCCUUCAGCUACUACAGCCUCCCUUAUUGCCAACCCCUUGGCGGGAUUAAGAAAAGUGCUGAGAAUCUCGGCGAACUCCUUAUGGGUGACCAGAUUGAUAACUCCCCUUACCUUUUCCACAUGAAUGUCAAUCAGUCUGUCUACCUCUGCACUACACCCCCCUUGAACGAGAACGAGGUCAAGCUACUCAAACAGCGAACUCACGAUCUCUAUCAAGUAAAUAUGAUCCUUGACAAUCUGCCUGUCAUGAGAUUUGCCACUCAAAAUGGGGUUAAAAUCCAGUGGACCGGCUUCCCCGUCGGGUACACCCCACCUGAUGGCAGUGCGGAUUACAUCAUCAACCACCUCAAGUUUACAGUCUUGGUUCAUGAGUAUGAAGGAAGUGGUGUUGAAAUCAUCGGGACCGGCGAGGAGGGUAUGGGUGUGAUUUCUGAAGCUGACAAGAAUAAGGCAUCUGGAUAUGAAAUUGUUGGCUUUCAUGUUGUCCCUUGUAGUGUUAAACGCGAUCCCGAAGCCAUGACAAAGCUCCACACGUAUGAUGAAAUGUCUAGAACAAGCUGCCCAGCUGAGCUUGACAAGUACCAAGCGGUUAGGGAACAAGAGAGGAUAUCAUUUACAUAUGAAGUUGAAUUUGUUAGAAGUGAUAUAAGAUGGCCGUCGCGUUGGGAUGCUUAUUUAAAGAUGGAGGGUGCACGAGUACAUUGGUUCUCAAUCCUGAAUUCACUUAUGGUGAUCUUUUUCCUAGCUGGUAUUGUUUUUGUCAUUUUCUUAAGAACUGUGAGAAGGGACUUGACAAGGUAUGAGGAAAUGGACAAAGAGACACAGGCUCAGAUGAAUGAGGAGCUUUCUGGAUGGAAGCUUGUUGUGGGUGAUGUAUUUAGGGAGCCUGAUUGCUCAAAGCUUCUCUGUGUGAUGGUUGGGGAUGGAGUUCAGAUUCUUGGAAUGGCAGCUGUUACUAUUGUUUUCGCCGCCCUUGGUUUCAUGUCACCUGCUUCACGGGGAAUGCUACUAACGGGGAUGAUAAUUUUAUAUCUUUUCCUCGGAAGUGCUGCAGGAUAUGUCAGUGUACGUCUCUGGAGCACCAUUAAGGGAACUUCAGAAGGGUGGAGGUCAAUUUCCUGGUUUGCCGCAUGCUUUUUUCCUGGAAUUGCGUUUGUUAUUCUAACAGGACUGAAUUUUAUUCUCUGGAGCAGCAAAAGUACUGGUGCUAUUCCUAUUUCCUUGUAUUUUGAGUUGAUCUUCCUGUGGUUCUGCAUUUCAGUGCCACUUACCCUCAUUGGAGGAUUUAUGGGGACAAAAGCUCCACAAAUUGAAUUUCCUGUGCGAACUAAUCAGAUUCCAAGGGAAAUUCCAACACGUAAAUACCCAUCAUGGCUUCUUGUUCUUGGUGCUGGAACUCUUCCGUUUGGAACCCUUUUCAUUGAGCUUUUCUUUAUCCUUUCCAGUAUUUGGCUUGGGAGGUUCUAUUAUGUCUUUGGCUUCUUGUCGAUUGUUCUUCUAUUGCUGAUUAUUGUUUGUGCUGAAGUGUCAGUGGUCCUCACAUAUAUGCAUCUUUGUGUGGAAGAUUGGCGGUGGUGGUGGAAGGCAUUCUUUGCAUCAGGCUCCGUUGCUCUUUAUGUCUUCUUAUACUCCAUUAACUACUUGGUUUUCGACCUGCAGAGUUUGAGUGGACCUAUCUCUGCUAUACUUUAUCUUGGCUAUUCGCUGCUCAUGGCAAUUGCAAUCAUGUUGUCAACCGGGACCAUUGGCUUCCUUAUGUCAUUCUACUUUGUGCAUUAUUUGUUCUCAUCAGUGAAGAUAGAUUGAGGCUCUCUUUGCUAUCUAUCAACAAAGCAAAAGGCACUCUGGAAGAGGAUUUUUUCUCAAUUGGUAUAACUUAAUUCUUUUUGUAGCUUGAUUUCUUUAUAGCAUAUUAAGUGGAUAAACAGAUACUGAUCUGCAGUUUGUUCCCCUUCUAUCUGUAUUCUGUAAGUGGUUUAAAAUUUAAACAUUUAACUAGUGUUUGAUAUCAUUUUGUUUCAUGUACUUUAGUCUAAUCAAGUUGCUUGAGGAAGUUGUAAUUGCUCA